AUGGAUCCUUACGAAGCCGAAGCGGGCAAAAUCCCGCCUACAGACCUCUACUAUGAUCUCCCCCUCUAUGGCCGCUAUAAUCCCAGCCCACAAGACUUUAAACCACUAGAGGAACACUGCAACUCAAACACGCAAGAAGCACUGCAGUACUGGACAGGAGUUAUCGAAAAGUGUGAUGCGACAUGCUAUGUGUAUCAGAAUCCGUUUGGAGGCCGAGAUGUGUUCGCUCUCGGCAGCAUCAUCGUCAAGUCAUGCCACUUGGGAACGAGAGAUGCUGGCGCAGAGUCGUCUCGGGACUAUUCGAUAGCAGACGAAAAUGAGGUUGCGGCAAUACAGCUGGUUCCCAAGACUGUACCAGUACCCCGGAUCCUUUUUAGUGGAAAGCUCAAAGGAAAGGACGUCAUUGUCCAGGAAAGAAUUCCCGGCGUCGCACUGAAUGUAGCAUGGCCAUAUCUCUCGCCUACACAGAAGGCUUCUUUCAAAACGCAAACCCGAAAGAUGAUACUCGAACUUAGCACCGUGAAGCCUCCUUCAACAGUAUUAGAGCCAACUUAUCUCGUAUCCGAUUCGAAUCCUAUGGUCAAUCGAGAUAUCUCGUCGGUCGAAGGCGCGACCCUCUUUAGUGAUCGCUCAGAAAGGGAUUCAAGAGAGCUAAACUUCAUGCACAACGAUUUGCAACCCUCGAAUAUCAUUGUGCGGAAUGAUCAAAUUGUGGGCAUCGUCGACUGGGAGCACGCUGGUUGGUUUUACUGGGACGAUGUGGGUGUCGUCCACUCCCAGUUUCGCACGCCAAAUAGAGAAGACUUUGCCGGUGUACAACUUUCCGAAGAAGAAUUGGAGGAUUUGGAAUAUUGGGGCGAUCUUUACGCCUUUAACUCUUCAGUUAGCAGCAUGUGCUCUGAGUAA